UAUAAACCCAUCUUAUAGUUCAGCAGAAACAUAAACGCAUCAUAAUCAAUUACAACACUGGAACUUUUGAAUUCACAAGAUAUGACUGAGAUGGAUCAUCAACACUCAUUUCUGUUGAAGCCCGCAGGAGCACCAUACACAUGCAGUGGUUGUGGAGAAUUAGGGUUUGGAUCAAGUUACCAUUGUGAAAAUAUCAAUUGCAGUUAUGUCCUGCAUGGAGAAUGUGCAUAUCCUGAUCCUCAUGCCCGUCAUCCAUUUUUCAAAGAAAGCUAUUUCGAAUUCCAUAAGAAACCAACUGGAAAUAAAACAAGAUACUGUAAUGCUUGUGGAAAAGAUGUGUUAGGGUUUGUUUAUCAUUGCUCUAGCACAGACUAUGAUCUUCAUCCAUGUUGUUUGAAGCUGAAACAUAGUAUUUCAGAUGAAAGUGGAAACGUGACACUCUAUCAUAAAGCUCGUUCAAAGUGUGUGAAAUGUAAGCAUAAGCAUGUUGUGGGAAAUUUUCAAGGGUGGUCUUAUUAUGAUGGAAAUUCUAGUUAUCAUGUGUCUUGUUUCAAGGCUUUGAUACUUGAGAACUGGAGGGGGGGUUAUUUUUCUCAAGGAGAUAGGUCAAUUACAAAUUCAACUUCUAUGAGUGAUAGGGAAACUCAACUUGCACUCACAAGCUUGGAAAUGGAUCAAAGUUCAAGAAUUGCAAGUAGAGAAAGGACUAUAAGCAAGUACACAAAGAUAGCUGUUGUGGUGUUCAAGCUAAUAUUUUCAGCUAUUUUUGGAAAUCCUGUAUCUGCUUUUGUUGCUCUAUUGGAAGCUCUUGCUUAAAAUCAAUGGAUAACGAGUGGGUAGGAGACUCCAAAAGUCUUAAUUAUGAGUGGAUUGCUUCGGUUUGUGUUGCUUGUUUUUGGAUUUGGAUUCUCUCCAUUAAAAGUUUUCUCUAUUUUGGUGUGUUAUGCUUUGCUGUGUGACUUUUGGUUUGAUCCUGUGUGACUUUGUUGUAUUGCAUUGUUUAGUCUUUUAA